AUGGCAGAAGAAGAAAUGAAUGAAGACUAUCCAGCAGACAUCCAUGAGUAUCCAUCAGCAUUUGAGAAUUCCCUUCGUGUUGUGGGUGGCAUGCUGAAGAGCAUGAAGUCUGUUUCUAGAAAUGAGUUGUUGCAGAAGUUGGACCCACUUGAACAAGCAAAAGUGGAUUUAGUUUCUGAUUACACAUCAAACUCAAUGUUUUGGGUUUCUUUGGCAACUCAGGGAGUUAAUCCGAAGGAACAUCCAGUAAAGCAGGAAUUGGAAAGAAUCAUAUUAUACAUGAACAGAGUCAAGAAGAUAACUGAGAAGAAGAAGGCUGCCAAGCUAGACAAAGGUGCAGCUUCAAGGUUUGUGAAAAAUGCCCUCUGGGGACCAAAACCUAAAAUUCCAGUAAAGGAACAAGUCUCGCUGUUGAGAUGGUAUAAAAAGCCAGAGGUGCUCUUCAUCCAGCACAAGUCCCUGCGGACAACAGAGCUCAGCAGCAUCCAGGAGAAGAGCCCAUAA